GACGAAAAUCCAACUCUUCCCACUUGGCAAUACUAUGGCCUUGACCUUGUAAUAACCAUUGCGUCCACGUCGUUUCCCGCGUUAACAAGGAAACCCCGUCCCGGAAACGCCCCUGCAUCGCAUAAAAAGAAUCCCUCUUCUUCAUUCCAUCUCUCCCUCAGGCCUCAAGAUACAAUACAACGACGGCCAAAAAUUCUGCCUAAUUGACGGUUAUGUCCUCAAACGACAUAAAAUACCGGAGGAGUCCACGCAUAUCACACCUCCCACAAAAACACGACGAUUACGAGCCUCUCGAGGUCGGCUUCAAUGGAGCAUCCUUCUCCGGCGCCGUUUUUAACCUCUCAACAACGAUUGUCGGUGCCGGAAUCAUGGCUUUGCCGUCCACGGUCAAGCAAUUGGGGCUAAUUCCAGGUAUUAUUAUGAUUCUAAUGGGAGCUGCGUUAACAGAAACUUCAAUUGAUAUGAUAUUGAGAUUCGGCCGAGCUUCUAAAACCGCCACGUACUCUGGCGUUGUUGCCGAUUCGUUUGGUGGUUUUUGGCGGACUCUCCUUCAGAUCUGCAUUGUUAUUAAUAAUCUGGGCAUGCUUAUUGUGUACAUGAUUAUUAUUGGAGAUGUGCUAUCCGGGACGUGGUCAGAUGGGGUGCGGCAUUCUGGUGUUAUGGAAGAAUGGUUUGAUGAACAUUGGUGGACUACACGUUGCUCCUUGUUGCUGUUCACCACGGUCUUUGUUUUUGCUCCUCUCAUCUCAUUCAAGCGUGUUGAUUCAUUAAGAUACACAUCAGCGUUGUCGGUGGGUUUGGCCGUUGUAUUUGUUGCCAUCACUGCAGGAGUGGCAGUUGUUAAACUAAUUGAAGGAACCAUUGGAAUGCCACGUUUGAUGCCUGAAGUAGUUGAUCAGACAUCAUUUUGGAAACUUUUCACUACGGUACCUAUUAUAGUAACAGCUUAUAUCUGCCACCACAAUGUUCACCCCAUAGAGAAUGAACUAAAAGACCACACCCACAUGAAGUCAAUAGUUCGGACAUCCCUGACACUAUGCUCGUCGGUCUAUAUUGCUACCAGUUUCUUUGGAGUUCUUCUUUUUGGUGAUAAAACACUGGAUGAUGUCCUUGCCAAUUUUGAUGGCGAUCUUGGUGUUCCAUAUAGCUCACUGCUUGAUGAUGUGGUCAGGGUCAGCUAUGGUGUCCACCUGAUGCUUGUCUUCCCUAUUGUGUUCUUCUCCCUUCGCCUCAACCUGGAUGAGCUUCUGUUCCCGUUUGCCACCCCCAUUGCAUAUGACAAUCGGAGAUUCUUCUUAAUAACUUUAGCUCUCAUGGGAUUUAUCUUUCUGGGAGCCAAUUUUGUGCCUAACAUCUGGGAUGCCUUCCAGUUCACUGGUGCGACAGCUGCCAUCGCUGUUGGUUUUAUUUUCCCAGCUGCCAUUGCUCUGAGGGACAUGCAUGGAAUUGCCACAAAGAAUGACAGACGAGCAUCGUGGGUGCUGAUAUUAUUGGCUGUCUCAUCAAGUACAGCAGCCAUCUGUAGUGAUAUUUACAGCAUUUUCACAAGUGACAGUGGAAUUAAAAGCUGAUGAUGACCAGCAGUUCAACUGAAUCCAGGUGAAUGCGCGCCACUCAUGUAGAUUAAAGUUGUCAACCUUAAACCGUGUGGUUAUAUUUUCUGGCCGUGAUGCUUUUGAUGAAAUGUGCAAUUUCUGAUUCUUCUGUUACGAGCUAACCAAGAUCUUGUAUAUAAACCAGUUAACCAAGAACUUGUGGUCAAGCAAUAAGAAAUUAAUUUUUUUAUGCAGAA